GCCGCACCCUCGUAGCGAUCCACCAUGACUGUCAAAGAAGAGAUCUCCUUGCGAACGGUAACGGCAGCUGCUGAACGGAUACAAGGACAUGCUCACAAGACUGCCGUCCUGACCUCGACUACCCUAUCGUCGCUCUUUGGAAGAGAUCCCUCAACUAAUGCGCCACGCACACUUCUCUUCAAAUGCGAGAACUUUCAACGAGUCGGCGCUUUCAAGUUCCGCGGUGCGUUCAAUGCGGUCUCACGGUUAUGUCAGGAGACACCUGAACUCGCUGCGAAAGGGAUUGUCACGCAUUCGUCAGGGAACCAUGGGCAGGCGGUUGCGUUGGCAGCAAAAUUGAAUGGCAUACCUGCAUAUGUAGUCAUGCCGAGCAGCGCGCCACAAGUGAAGAAGGACGCCGUUAAAGGGUAUGGAGCUACUGUUGUUGAAUGCGUACCGACUUUGCAGGCGAGAGAGGACACAGCUGCCAAGGUUAUCAACGAGACUGGAGCGACGUUUAUCCAUCCUUAUAAUCACCCGGAUGUGAUCAGUGGACAGGGGACUCUCGCACUGGAGUUUUUGAAGCAGGCUGAGGAAUUGGGGCAUCCUCUUGAUGCAUUGAUUGUACCAGUGGGAGGUGGAGGAAUGCUAUCGGGGUGUAUUACCGCCGCAAAGGCAAUCAAUCCGAAUAUUCGCAUUUUUGCUGCUGAACCAUUGGGCGCAAAUGACUGUGCCCAAUCCUUUCAGUCCAAAACUUUUGUCCCGUCCGUUGCUCCCAAGUCUAUUGCGGAUGGCUUGCUGACGAGUUUGGGAUCCCUGACAUGGCCAAUUAUUCGAGACAAUGUGGAAGACGUACGGACCGUAACGGAGGACAAUAUCAUCAAGGCAACGAGGCUGAUAUGGGAACGAAUGAAGAUUAUUGUUGAACCUAGCGCAGCGGUACCGGCUGCUGUUGCGCUGUUUGAUGAGGAGUUCAAGUCAUUGGAUGGAUUAAAUAACGUGGGUAUUGUAUUUUCUGGAGGAAAUGUCGACAUGGAGAAGCUUCCAUGGCUUCGAUCAUAGAUCUUACACUCUAGAUUGAUUCAAUAUAUGGCGAGACUAAGGCAGAUUUGCGGUUUAUGUUUGGCUUCUGCAAUGGUUCCACAUAAGACACUCUGCAUGCGAUUGUAGCAGGUAGUAUCAAGCCCAGUAAUUGUAAAACAGAGACCAGCUCAGUUUUAAGUCUCUGAAAUACAUUCCGAAUUAAUAUUUAAC